UGAGCGUCAGGCAGCACGGGGAGCUUAUUCAGCUUCUGAAAGCUAGAUUGAACAGAUAAGAAAGGAGAGCAAGGAGUGACAGAAUUCCCGUGUGUGCACAUCAGAGUGGGACUUCCUCCCCACCGGACGGCAUCAGUCCACAGGUCAUCGAUGGAGCUGUCAGCCGAUAUUCGGCUGGAGGGACAAGAUGAAGACCCCCCAGCACCGUUGGCCUGUGUGUCCCAGGUGAAAAGCAGCAGCUUCAGCGCCAUCCAGCAGCAGGGCUACUCUGCAACCAUCGUCCUACGGCAUAAAGACAAGCUGGAACAGACCCAGCAGAAGUGCAUCGCCACCCUGGCCCUCUUCUGUUGCUCUGCCGUGCUGAUGGUGCUGAUCUUCUCCUCGGUGGACAUCUGGGGGGACAGCGAGGAUGGCAUCACAGAGGAGAACUGCAGCAGGGACUGCCGGGUCGUGCUUGUGGAGAACCUCCCAGACGACCUCUAUCUCCACAUGGAUGGCAGGCAUCACAUUCCUCUUUCUGUUGGCUUUCACACACUGCUGGAACAGGCAAAGCUCUCAGUGGAGGUGGUGUCAUCUGUCUGGGACUUAAAUGCUUGGGACGUGGAGCCAACACCCAGCACUGCCGCACAGGGUCAGCUUCUGUUCCAGAGACUGCUCAGGCUGAAAUCUCGUGGGAUUAAACUGAAGAUUGCCAGUAGCCUGACAAACUCUUCUGAGCUGAAAGCCUUGGCAGCACACAAUGCGCAGGUUCAUUUUGUCAAUAUGAAAACUUUUACCGGAGGAGGCCUGCACUCCUCAUUCUGGAUAGUGGAUCGGACGCACAUUUACAUUGGAAGCGCUGAAAUGGACUGGAGGUCGCUGUCCAAGAGGAAAGAACUUGGAGUGGUGGUGUAUAACUGCAGCUGUCUCGCCCUGGAUCUCCACAGAGUUUUUUCCUUUUACUGGCAGCUUCAUGACAGGGACUAUAUCCCCUCCAUCUGGUCGAAGAGAGUUACAGCUCUCUAUGGGAGACACGAGGCGCUGGAGCUGCAGCUUAACGCCACACCGGCUACUGCUUAUCUGUCUGCCUCCCCAGAUCACUUCUGUUCCAAAGAUCGCACCAGAGAUUUAGACGCCAUCCGUCAAGUCAUCCAGAGCGCAAAGACGUUCAUCUUCAUUUCUGUGACCGAUUACCUUCCCCUGCACUAUAGGGGUAACAAAGGAACCCCUUACAUAAGGUACUGGUCAGACAUCGACGAGCUGAUCAGGGAAGCUGUGGUGCUCCGAGGGGUCAAGGUCCGCCUGCUCGUCACCAACUGGAAGAAAACAAACCCCCUCACCUUUAAUUUCGUGACUUCCCUCAAGUCUUUGUGCAUGCAGCUUCACAACUGUUCCCUGGAGGUGCGGUUUUUCAGCCACGAGAAAAAGAAGGACUUUCAACUGGGACUCAACCACAACAAGUACAUGGUGACUGACAACGCCGUCUACCUCGGGAGCCACGACUGGGUCGGAACCAACUUUGAAAUAAAUGCAGGUGUUGGACUAGUUCUCAGGAUGGGGGACAGUGCCAAAGACACAGGAGCGACAAUCCUGAAGCACAUCAAAGCUUCGUUUGAGAGAGACUGGAAAUCCCGUUAUGCUAAUAACCUACAAAAAAGCAAAGAUCUGCAGGACAAAUACAGACUCUUGCAAUCGUCAAAAAAUCGCUGGGAAACCAAGGAGGAAAAUUAGUGGAACAAACCCUUUAUGAGGCUAUUACACCUCAUAUCUGUCUAUGCCUGAGCACUGGUGUGUAUAUCCACACUAAUACACUGUAACCUAAAUCUGUGACAUUAAUCUCAAAUAUUCAGUCAAAAUAUUGCUUUGACACAGCUGCAAAAUACACCAGUGGCAGCAAGGUACUCAGCGUAUUACAAGCUGUGAUGUGAGCAUGUACUACUGCAUGAUGAAUGCAAUCGAUAUUCAACUGCACCAUAUAUGCAAACCACAUCAUAACCGAAAUAUAUGCUGUUUUGGAAAGCUACCUAUAAAGCCAAGUAAACUCAUCACACACAUUCAGUUUUACUUAAAUACCCAUAAUUUCCCUCUUAUAGAUUACGUUUAUACAGUAAUAAAUUAUUUGGAAUGCCAAAAAUUGAAUGAGUUUUUGUUGUACAUUUAUAUAACCUGUAACUCUUACCCAGUUCAGCUCAUAAGUGAAGUGCAAAGAUUAAUGCAGGAGUUGUAUGCAAUAUGAAUCAUCUGAGUGAAAAUGUGUCCUUUUUUUUCUGAUCAGCGCUGACUAUUUUUCUGCAUGUUGGAAUUAUCAGGAUGACCAACAUAUUUACACAAAUCCUAACCCAACAAGCGUAUCAUUUAUUCAUGGACUUCAGCGUGGGCUACGAUAGCCUGGGACCUUUUGCUGGUUCAGACAGCUUGACGGGUUGUUGGAUAUGAGGGAACCAAGAAUUUGGCUCUCAACCUGAAAAUCCUGUAGAAAAACCGACCAUCACUGUGUGACCUUACACACAAAGUGAUGGUAAGGACAACGAACCGAAGAGCACUGGCAAAAGCCGACUUCUAAAUGGCUCAAAUGCAGUAACAGGGGAGACUUCGACAGAGUCUGGACCCAAAUCUGAUUAAAACAAUUAAAGCAAAGGCAAGUGGUCACAACUACAUAAAGGACUCAUGAAAGUUUUUGCAAACCAUCGUUUGCAGUUGUUUCUACAAGGAUGACAACUAAAAAUCAAAUUGAGGGGGCAGUAACUUUUCCACAUGAUGCAAGUUUGGUUUGUAUCACUCUUCCUUAAUAAAUGAAAUUAUAAUUUUAAAAAUACUUUUAGUGUUUACUCAGGUCAUCUUUGUCUCUUUGU